GUGGUCGCCCUGAUCGCGACCGACCGAUAGAAUACUACUCGUUUUCGUGUACGACCGCUCGAGCGGUAGGCCGAUAAGAUGAUGCGAAGUCCUGCGGCGGGCUCAGACUUCGGAAUCUUCGGAUCGCCCAGGUGAGAGCCGCGUCGUCGCAGCGUGACGAGAGAUCUCGGUCACGAAGGUCGCGAGGUAAACGCGAGAGCGGUUUUCCGAAGUAAAGGGAGUAACAAACCGCUUGGUCCUGGGGGGGGAUCACGUGACCCGAGUGUUUACCAAAAUGGUGAACGUUCAUGGUGCGCGACGAACGGCACUGUGUUCCGUCCGCACGGGAGCGGCCGCGCGGCGCUCGGUUGCGUAAAUAGCUGCGAUCAGCUGUGCUGCUACGUGCGCAGAGCGGAGGGAGAGAGAGAGAGAGAGCGCAUGCACGCAGUGCUUCGGAAUUCCGAUCGUCUCGACACGGCGUCGCGCGUCCCGUUGGGCUCCAUCGCGUCUCGUCGCGUCCUAGACGAGUCGAUCAUUUCCGUCGUCGGCUGGCUCGUUUACGUUCUUUUCGGCUGGCAUUUUCGUCGUUACGCCCCACGCCCGCAGGAUAUCUUUACGGGCGAAAGUUGGAAAGUGGAUGGGAGAUGCCUGGAUUGGACGCGGAGGCAGUUGGCAGGGUCACGCUACAACGAUCGCCUCCCUAACCGCAUGAUGAUAUACUAGAGCAGUGCUGGACCGAGCCUUUUCGCGAUGUCGUUGAUUCGUCUCGUUGCGCCGAGUUUGUUCUCGAUCCGCCUGCCGUCCGCACUCUAAGCUCACGAUAGAAUCUUUUUAUUUUCUUACAUUGCGCCGCCAAAGUGGUGACUCGAGGCUUCCACAGGCCUAAUUCCAUUCGUCAAUAAUGCUGAACUCGAGGGAUACCAGCAGAUGAUCUCUGAUAUAGGUUAGUGCAAGUAAAAAGCACUUAAACAACAGACAUCUAAAUGUCAGGUGUUCUCGCAUAGUGCUUGAGUGCUGCGGCCAAGCAUUCUUAAACAUGGCCACGUAUCAAGUUGACUAUCAGUGGGCUUAUUCUAUAAUGGAUUCAUCCAGGAUAUCCACCUUCCUAAUAUCAAUUCUACUGAUAGUUUACGGUAGUUUCCGAUCUCUAAACAUGGAGCAAGAAGCAAGGGAAAGAGAAAAGGAGAAGGAACGUAGUAAUUUAUUGACUGGACUUACUAGUAAUAGUAGCGCCGGUAAUCUGGAUGGCGCUAACGGAGGAAGAGUUCAAACUCUCGAUACAAUGCAUGCUCUCUGUCUACCUCUCGGUGCUUCCAUUUCUCUACUCAUCAUGUUUUUCUUUUUUGACAGUAUGCAGAUGCUUCUUGCAAUUUGUACAGCCAUUAUAGCUACAGUUGCAUUGGCAUUUCUAUUGUUGCCUAUGUGUCAGUAUAUCAUUAGACCAUGUUCUGAUGGUAACAAAAUAUCUUUCGGUGUCUGUGGAAGAUUUACGGGUGCUGAGUUACUCUCGUUUUCGCUCAGUGUGAGUAUAGUAUGCAUCUGGGUUUUGACUGGACAUUGGCUGCUGAUGGAUGCAAUGGGUAUGGGCCUGUGCGUGGCAUUUAUUGCAUUUGUUCGACUACCUAGUCUCAAGGUAUCCACAUUGUUAUUAACCGGACUGCUGAUUUAUGAUGUCUUUUGGGUUUUCUUUUCGUCCUACAUAUUCAGCACAAACGUAAUGGUUAAGGUAGCAACUAGGCCUGCAGAUAAUCCAGUAAGUCUCGUUGCUCGAAGAUUACACUUAGGUGGCGUGGCGAGAGCAGCACCAAAAUUACCUUUACCUGGAAAAUUAGUUUUUCCAUCGAUACACCAAGCGGGACAUUUUUCAAUGUUAGGCCUUGGUGAUAUUGUCAUGCCAGGUCUAUUACUCUGUUUUGUCCUGCGAUACGACGCAUAUAAAAAGACUCAGCUAUUGCCGGGUGGCUGCGAAACUGGAGUACCACCGCCGCGUCACUUCAGCCGAAUUAGCUAUUUUCAUUGCUCUUUGAUUGGUUAUUUUCUUGGUCUACUCACCGCCACUGUAAGCUCUGAGGUGUUCAAAGCUGCACAGCCUGCCUUAUUGUACCUUGUGCCCUUCACUUUGUUGCCGCUGCUCACAAUGGCGUAUUUGAAGGGAGAUUUACGUCGCAUGUGGAGUGAACCAUUCAUAUCUCAACAACCUUCUAAACAUAUGGACGUUUGACAAGAGUUAUGGAUCUAAAUAUAUGGACGUUUGACAAGAGUCAUGGGUCCUUGUAUAUUAUGUUGUAUUGGAGGCAAAAUUUUUGAAUGAAAUUCACCAUCAUAUAAUUUCACAUCGUUAUUUUCAUCAACGUCAUUUAAUGAAGUGUACAUAAAAUGAGUACUCAAUUGUCCUUCAGUUUUUCCGCAAACUAAGUGAUGCGGUAAUAAAAGAUACUAUAUAUGUAUAUUAGCGACAUGACAUAUGAUAGUAACAGAAUGGUCAAGGAACAGGUUUAAAUAAAAAUCAAGAGUUAAAUCGUAUACACACAGAUAUUAUUAAAUACUGGAUAUUAUAUAGGUAAUAUACUAAAGAGCACUUGCUUGUACUGUUGCAAUUCUCGACUUGCAUGUGUACAGCUAUGUACAUUUUUAUAUAUAAUAAAACUUGACCAUUUUCAUAUGGUCGCGUUUGAAAAGUAAAGUGAUAACAAAUCCACACAUGGUGUUC